UUUAAUUGUUAUUAAAUUAUAAUCAAAUUUUUAAGAAUCUGUCAGUGUCACUUUCUAUUUAAGUUUUUCCUCCAUUUCCCGAAAAACUCGAGAAGCAACUAGCGCCAGCGACUGAUGCGAUAAUUUUGCGAAAUAAUGACUGAAGAUUUUGAACUUAUUUGUCAGGGAGCUGAAGCUAGGUUAUAUAAAGGUAAUUACUUAGGAAGGCUUACAUUGAAAAAGGAGCGAUUUAAGAAAAAUUACAGACAUCCGGAUCUUGAUGAAACUUUGACUAAAGAUAGGAUUAAAAGUGAAGUGCGGGCUAUCGUUCGUGCAAAAACUGCUGGUGUAACAACUCCAACAAUUUAUCUGGUUGAUUUAACCAGGCGCAGUAUUUAUAUGGAGUUCAUAGAAAACGCUGUAACGCUAAAAAUUUGUAUAGAAAAAAUGAUCGAGGCAGGAGACGAAAAAAUUUGGAUAGAAAAAAUAGGUAAAGCUCUAGGAUUGCUGCUAGCAAAACUACAUUCUAAAAAUAUUAUUCACGGUGAUUUGACGACUUCAAAUAUACUUGUAAAAAAUAGUAUAUUUAAUAAUCUAACUACCUCUGGUACUAGCAGUGAAGAUGACAAAAAUCUUCACCAAGAACUAAUAGCUAUUGAUUUCGGACUCGCACGAGUUGAUUCUACAGCCGAAGACAAAGCGGUUGAUCUUUACGUACUCGAGCGAUCAUUGCUCAGCUCUCACUCUCAAGUACCUACUUUGUUUGCCAGUAUUAUUAGUAAUUAUCAAUCUGGUAUUACGGAUAAAAAGCAGCGACGAGAAAUUGUAUCGAAAUACCAGCAGGUGAGAGCGCGUGGAAGAAAGCGUCUCAUGAUUGGUUAAUGGUCAAAUAAAUUACAACGAUUUAAUAAAAUUCAAAUUAAUUGUUCAUUGCUUAUAUAUGUAUAUAUAUAUUAUGAAAUAUUUCUAAUAAAAAAAAAAAGAUGAUUGAUUUUCUGAGAAAUUCAACUGUCAAAUGUGAAUUAAUAUAUUACAGUAGUCAGUAGGCACAUUUACGUUGAUUCAAUAAAUUAUUUACACUGAAUUUAAUUAAUUAAUGAGUAACUGAGCAUCAUUAUUAAUCAAUACUCAAUUUGAUAAUUGAUUCUUGAUUGGUGUGGGAGUUUCUUCAGUCAAAAUGCAAACCGGAGUAAAUUAUUAUCCAGGUGAC